AUGUUCAAUGAACAAGAGUUGGAGUUGCUCAUUAGUGGCCUUCCCGAUGUGGAUAUUGAUGACUUAGCAAACAAUACUGAAUACAAAAUGUAUACAAAAACUAGUGCACAGAUUCAAUGGUUCUGGCGCGCGCUCAGGUCAUUUGAGCCAGAGGAUCGUGCAAAGUUCUUGCAAUUUGUGACAGGUACCAGCAAGAUGGAACUAAUGUUUUUCUUCAGUUUCAAUCAGCUCGAUCUUCCUCAAUACGAGUCAUAUGAGAAAUUGCGUGACUCCUUGUUGAUAGCAAUUCGCGAAUGCACUGAAGGCUUUGGUUUCGCAUAA